CGUGGCCUCGCUCUCCGUUCUCUCUCAGUGCUGGCGUGGUUUCUGCUACAUCGAGGACUACUGUCUACCUCAGCAGUGUGUGUCCUUGUGAGUCGUGGGAGCAGGUUGGAGGGUAGAGUGAAGGGUUGUCUAACACAACCACCGCACCCUGGGACCUGCUUCAACCACAGAUGGAGGCCUCUGGUAUUAUAAGCUUUCAUCCUGUGUGGGCCAUACAUGCUGUUGUUGUCACUGUGCUGCAUUAGCCCCUUGGGAUCUAUGUUUCCACUUCUCCUUGUAUACUACAUACAUCUAGACACUGCUCUAUUCUUGUUUUUGUGAAAUUUCUUCCCCUGUGUGUUUGUGUGCAUGCAGGCGUGUGUUUCGAUUUGGAGUUCUUCACUAUCCUCUUUAAUUCCCCUUCUAAAACCUCAACCUUCCUGAAUACUACCGUCGUUACACUAUUAUACUACUGUCAGCAUGUUGUGUUCGUCGACCCGUCCCUCUUUCCUCUGUUUGACCUCCACCACCUUCUGCCUCAUAUUGUCACUCACCUCCUUCACCUUUAUCUCUCUCUCUAUCCCCCUUCUCCCUCUCUUUCUCACCCUUUUCUCUCUACAGGUCUCCCCCUUUCUCUUUCUUUACGUCUCCCCCUCUCUCUGUCUGUCUCUCUGUCUCUGUGGGGUUUGGUGGCGAUCCCAGAAUGCCUUGCUCCAUGCCAUCCCGCUAGGCGUGAGCAGCAUGGGUGGAGGCUGGGUGGGCAGAGAGAGCAGGGACAGGACGGAGGUGCUGACGGGUGGCGCUCCCUCUGCUUCAGAUGGCCGAAGACACUGAGAGCCCUAAGAUCAACCACAGCUUCCUGCGAGACUAUGUCACCGAAGCUGACGUCAUCUCCACAGUGGAAUUCAACCAGACAGGAGAGCUGCUGGCUACAGGAGAUAAGGGGGGGCGUGUGGUCAUCUUUCAAAGAGAGAGCGAGUCUAAAGGAGAGCUGGAGGAUUUGGGCGACAUUGGGGACUCCGGAGAGUACAACGUGUACAGCACCUUCCAGAGUCAUGAGCCUGACUUUGACUACCUGAAGAGCCUGGAGAUCGAGGAGAAGAUCAACAAGAUCAGAUGGCUACCUCAGCAGAAUGCUGCCCACUUCCUCCUGUCCACCAAUGAUAAGACCAUUAAACUGUGGAAGGUCAGCGAGAGAGACAAGAGGCCUGAAGGAUACAAUCUGAAAGAUGAGGAGGGGAGACUCAAGGACAUCUCUACUGUUACCUCCUUACAGGUUCCCGUGCUCAAACCCACAGACCUGAUGGUGGAGGUGCGCCCCAGGCGGGUGUUCUCAAACGGACACACCUACCAUGUCAACUCUAUCUCCGUCAACAGCGACGGCGAGACAUACCUCUCGGCCGACGACCUCCGCAUCAAUCUGUGGCACCUUGGCAUCACCGACCGCAGCUUCAACAUCGUGGACAUUAAGCCGGCCAACAUGGAGGAGCUGACGGAGGUGAUCACGUCAGCAGAGUUCCACCCGCACCACUGCCACAUGCUGGUGUACAGCAGCAGUAAGGGCACCCUGCGGCUGUGUGACAUGAGGGCCUCGGCCCUCUGCGACCAGCACUCCAAACUGUUUGAGGAGCCGGAGGAUCCAGGAAGCAGGAGCUUCUUCUCUGAGAUCAUCUCCUCGGUGUCGGACGUCAAGUUCAGCCACAACGGGCGCUACCUGCUGACCAGAGACUACCUGACCGCCAAGGUGUGGGACCUGAACAUGGACAAGGGCCCAGUGGAGACCUACCAGGUCCAUGAGUACCUGAGGAGUAAGCUGUGUUCCCUCUAUGAGAAUGACUGCAUCUUCGACAAGUUUGAGUGUGUGUGGAACAGUUCAGAUAGUGUGAUCAUGACCGGGGCGUACAACAGCUUCUUCCGAAUGCUGGACCGGGAGACGGGCCGGGGCGUGACCCUGGAGGCGUGGCGGGAGAGCAGUAAGCCGCGGGCCGUGCUGCGCACGCGGCGCGUCUACACGGGCGGAAAGCGGCGCCGCGGGGACGUCGGCGUGGACAGCCUGGACUUCACCAAGAAGAUCCUCCACAUGGCGUGGCACCCGUCUGAGAACAUCAUCGCCAUCGCCGCCACCAACAACCUGUACAUCUUUCAGGACCGCGUCAGCCCCGACGCACACACACAGUGACGCAAAAGACCGACCAAUGGACAGGGGCUGGGGGGAGGGGAGGAGAGUUUUAUGUAACAAAGACAAGGAACUUUGAGAUCUGGACCUACUGCUCUGGCUCAAAGGGAAGCCCUCAGUCUAGAAGAGGAUGAGGGAGGAAGGCUGUGGAGCAGUGACACACACACAAACAAACACACACACACACACACACACACACACACACACACACACACACACACACACACACACACACACACACACACACACACACACACACACACACAGUAUCUGAUGGAGGAGGAGCUCCUUAAAGUGUUAACGUAUUCUAAUCCUAAUCAGAUAUCAACGAUAUCCUUGGAUCUUAACAAUCACACUCCUCCUACAGAUAUUGAGCAAUCUAGCCUCUAACAACGAGCGGUGCAGGAACAUCUUCUGCUCCACUGAACUGGUAACUCUUGCGACAGACCAAAGGAUAUAUUGCAUAGCGAGGAAGGAGGCAUUCCACCACUAGAGCUGACAUUGCAGCCCCUCUUCGGAUGUGGAUGCAAGAAGCAGAUCCCUCCAACCAGUCUUAGGCAGAAUUAAAUGUUUUUUUUUCACAAUUGCAGAAUAUUUUAAGUGGUCUUACUGUGCAACUCUGAGUGGCAACAGUAUCAUACCCAUUGCUAAAUUUCUCCUUUUUAGAGCAGUGCUCUCGGAGAAACCAUGCAUAUGGCCAAUAAUAUAGGCCAUAUUCAAUUUGCAAUAAUAAUCGCACAUCCUAGAACACAAAUGUUGCCAUUUAUUUAUUCAUUUUGUGCUCCAAAACACAAGUAUCCCUUCCACAGAUAUAAAUGUAUUCACCCAUCACAUUGUUAACUGUAAAUACUUCUAUUGGUUUUUCUAACCGCAACCAAGUUUGGCUCAGGCGAGCUGGCUCGUAGGUGAGGCUAUUUAUGUAGUCCACUCUGCCUGGACCUCAUUCGACUAUUCUGGGACAGCAAUGUACUGAGUCUUAACAUGUUAACAUGUUAACAUGUUAACAUGUGCAGCACAUUAACUAUUGCUUUAUUGAAGAUGUUAGGUGUAUUUCAGAUGAUGAACCAGAGUUAUUUUAUAAUAUGCGACGAGAAACUGAUGGCCUAAACUGGUAGUUUAAGCCAUGUGUUUAAGUACAUUUGAGAAUGGUUCAAACAUAAAGUUAAGGUUAGAGUGCAGCCCACAUGUUUUAUUAAGAAGGAGGCCUCUGAUUUAGCGCUCUGACUUCUGCUGUUUAAGGAUGUUUUCAGAUUGUCAGAACAGCAGUUACAUUAUGCAUUGUUGCUGAGUAGUUAAUAUUAAUUUGGAACAGUGCCAUGCAAUUUAAAUGUGUCUUGUCAAUCUGUUACAACACAAGCACACAUGCUCCAGACAAGGCACUGUCAGUUUUUGGAUGUAAUUCAACCAGUGGAUGUCUGUAUCGAUCUGAAGGGAUUGGGUUUGAUUGUUUACAGUGAAGUGCUUUGUUUUUUAAGUGCUUUAAUAUCCUGAUCUGUUAUUAGGUCGGGUUCCAUAGCGGGUUGAAAAGACAAAUUUACUUCAAAUGCUUGUAGCCAUUUGCAUUACUUAUACAUAACGGUGGAGUCACUAAAAUUAAUCAUGUUGACCAAUGAUCAGUGCAGAAUAAUUACAUGUUGACCAUUAUCACUGCUGUAUUACUGGUCUAACAGUCUAUCCUACAUGUUAGUAUCUGUACCUCCAUACUAUGUCUGUACUGCAUAACACAGUCAAAUAACUACUUAAAAUCACUAGGGAAGACACUAACACUGCAUGACACUACAACAAUGAAUAAACAAUAACAACGAACACAGAAACCACAGCAACACAACUGAUCGACUGCAUCACAUGGCUUGUAGGCUCUUCCCCCUCUACCAGUAGGUAAGGGGUCAGAGCAGGUAGAUUGUCAUCACAUAGUGCCACACAACUUAACAAAUCUGUGGGAGAACUUGUGUUGAGGAGCACAGCAGCAGCUGCAUGUUGCUAUUAUUCAAUGCUACUAGCGUGUAAAUCCAUCAUUACUUUGAAAUAAGAAAAAAAGAUAUACUGAACACAAUAAUUGAUCAUUCAAAUGAGUUGGAUGAAAUGAAUGUGCAGUAAUAAUAUAUACCAUGAACAAAAA